AAGUAAUCGGAUUAAAGGGGUUCUGGUUCAAAUAGGAGGCCUGGACAGAAGUCGUGCAUUCCGUCGCAAGUAAACAGCGAUAUCGGAUCUCCUUUGCCCAUUUCACUGGAAGUAAGGAAACUAGAAACACAGCCAAUAUGCCAGUUGAUCUGAAUGGGUAUUGGAAAAUGAUCUCAAAUAACAACUUCGAGGAGUACUUAAAGGCCCUCGAUGUAAAUGUUGCCAUUAGGAAAAUUGCCACCUUGUUGAAGCCUGACAAAGACAUCAGUCACGACGGUGACCACAUAGUCAUCAAGACCCUCAGUACCUUUAAGAACUACAACAUGGAUUUCCAUGUUGGCAAGGAGUUUGAAGAGGAUCUGUCAGGGGUGGAUGACAGGAAAUGCAUGACCACUAUCUCAUGGGAGGGAGACAAUCUGGUGUGUGUGCAGAAGGGAGAGAAAGAAGGAAGAGGCUGGACCCAUUGGGUGGAGGGGGAUGAGCUUCAUCUGGAGCUGAGAGCUUGUGGAGCUGUGUGCAAGCAGGUCUUCAAGAAAACCUAAACCAGCACUGGAACCACAGAAUGGCUCCCCCUACCUGAGAGCUCAAGAGAGACACAGACACAAACCAACCCUGUGACAAAAAACCCUCUAAUGCACUCAUCCACUCAUCCAUCCACCCAUCCAUCCAUCCAUCCUUCCUUUCAUCAAUCUUUUCACAUUUCAUUCCAUCAUUCAAACUAUCCACGACAGGGGUGACGUAUCUGUCGAUCACUUGUACUGUAACUCUGUCUCAGGGUGAAAGCUCCUUUGAGUGACAUGUUAUAGGUGUGUGGAUACAUUAACACUGUAGUACGUGUAGUAGGCUUUGUGAUUAGUGCCUCAAUCUCUAAUUGUGCCCUGAGUUGACAACUGGGGGUGAACUUGACCAGUAGGAAGGAGGGUUUCAGUAGAGUGAAAAGGAAAAUGAGGGUGAGAGAGGUAAAAAAUGAAAAUGAAAUGGAGAGGCAGCAGAAGAUGUGACAGAUAGCCACCUGCAGCUGUCAUCAUCGCAGUCUUAGUAGAAACAUUUACAAGUACUAACGUGUUCAGGAAAGGACAGCAACUUUGUCUGUGUUUUUCCUCAAUUCAUGUGGGAGUGUCCCCUUGAUAGGAAAAAAUCACUCAAUAAAUGAAUCUCAACAAUG